UCAAAUAAUCAUAGAGCGCUUACGUUCGUUAAGCGCGGUACACAGCAGCCCCACCCCUAUUUUGUCUUUGUGUCUCUGUGUAUGUGUAGCUGGCAAGAGAGAGAAGAGAGUGAGAGUUCUUUUGUGAAAAUAGAUAUGUCUUCAUCCAAUGAACUAGAAGUCAUAUCGAGAGGAAGUAUCGACAUACCCCACACUCAAGAACCCAGCUCACAACAGGGCACUCUGACAACCGACAAGAAAACGGCUCAAAACACCAUCACUCUAGAACCACUACCACCUGAAAGACCCAGGUAUCGCAGCCACUACAAACCAGAACUGGUAGGGCAGAAGGGGGAGGAAGAGAAGAAAGAAGAGGAGAAUAAGGAAGAGGAGGAGGAGCUGUCACUAGAAGUCGAGGCAGACACCCUUCCCCUGUGUCUAGAGAGAGCCAGUCACCAGCUGGCCCAGAGCAGGCUACACACCGACAGCCUCCUGCAGAGGAUUGAGAGUCUGUCUGGCAGAAUCAGAUCUGGUCUCAGCCUUGUAGAGAGCACUGGGGCCACUGUCUCCCAAUUACCCUUCACAAUCACUGCCUCUGAUACUGGGGGCGACCCCCACGAUAAUGUCUCUACUGGUGACCCCGAGGAUAUUGAAAGGGGUGGAGAACGAGGUGUGGACUCGCCAGAGGCUGGGGAAGUUGAUCCCAAACUGGCAAAGGCUCUUGAAAAGAUGAAGAAGUUGGACAAGAGGCUUGCUGACCUAGUGGUGGGAGAAGAGGUGAAAGAACAGAGGAGGCAAUUGGAGCUACAAAUGGCCGGAGUGGUGGACCCCCAGGAACCUCUGGACCUCGAAGAUGGUGUGCACCCGUUCGCCCCUGUAUUUCAAACCCAAUUACCAGAGGGUAAAGAGCCUGGCACUGACUUCAUCCAGAGAAACAUUGAGGAGGCUGAGGCAGCAGUGGUGCUCAGUGAGCCAGAAAAGCUUCGAUUGGAGCAACUUUUAGCACAAGACGAUGACAACACAGUAGAGAUGGAUGAUGGGUCUACUGAGUCAGUAAAUGAAGAGGCCAACGUUUUCAAGCUGUCUGCCGAGUCUCAAACUGCACUGAGGCAUAUUGACAUCCAACUGGAGGCAAUGGGUGGGUGUGGAGUUGAAGAACCAGGUCUCGGAAACUAUGGUGAACAGCAGCAGUCAUCAUCAGCUGCUGAAGACUCUCAGAGACUACAGGAGAUUGACGAGAAACUGGCAGAGUUGAGAAAAUCUUCAACUCAGCCUCAGGAACUAUUGGCACUGCAGCAUCUUAUCCAGUCAUGUGAUCAUUAAUGACAUCACACAUCAUACCCUCACAUAUGCAUAAAACCUGAUAAAUACACUGUAACAUUGUACACAUUCAUUAUCAUGUAUAAGUGGUCUGAACCCUCGUAAUUAUUGGGUAUACUAUAGCCUGAGAUUGGUGUAGAGUAAACCUAGAAGUUACCAAAGUCAUCGUACGUCUCAGUGUGCAAGGGGUUACUGGUCAUGUACCCGUUGUCAGCCACACCCCCUUCUAGCUGGGGGUCAGAGUCCGGUGCCAUCAGUUGAAUAAGGUUUUCAAUGUCCUCUGGAGUCGUGUCGAAACCGAACGCUUCGGCGAACGGGUCGGUAGCAUUGCCACCUUCCCCAGUGGUCCUUUCAUUUUCAGUGGUGCUGGGAGGUGGUGCAAAGCCGAGAGCCUGUGCGAGAGAGUCGGCGGCCGAUACGGUUGUAGUGGUCGGGGCCGUUUGCCCAGUUUCAGAGUCCGUGGUUUUCACCUGUUUUGCCGUUGACGAUGACUUGGCAGCGACUGGUGUCGGGUUUUUCUUGCUGGAACUGGAAGCAGUGUUAUUCAGCACGCUGGUCACAGUUGCAGUGGUUGUGAGAGGGAGUGUGGGAGCAGGAGGGGAAGGAGAAUGGGAGGGUCUGGAAUAGGGAUGCCGGGGAGGGAGUGAGAGCUGUGAGGAUGUGACAGUGGGAGGUGUGGGAGAAGGAGACGUGGAGGAAGGGUGCGGCGGGGUGGA